UAAUAGAUCACAUCUCACUCACCUACCAUGGCCACUACCCAUCAGCCUCUAUUAGACAAACCAAGAACCUCUUACACCAAGAUUCUCCUAAUUUUCACCUUGUUUGCAAUCACAUGCUCAGCUGCUUUUGUUACUGUUCGUUUGGGUCGAUUUGGUUCCAAUUAUCCUGUUUUCCCACAUCGAUUUUGUGAGAAAGCUGUUGACAAGACAUCAUGUUCGGCUUUGCUGUCGGAAAUGGCGUCGAAUACGACGUUGGAAAUGAAGGGUGUUGGUCUACUGCAAACCCUGUUGGAGCAAUCUAUAGUUCGUAUGCGAAACGCCAUCGAUGUGGCGAACAACUUCAAGCACCGGAUCAACAAUCCCAGACAGCAAGCAGCUUUGGUUGAUUGCAUGGAGUUAAUGGAGUCAUCCAUGGAUAGGAUCAUGGAUUCCGUGGCGGCCGUGAAAAUGAACGAUGUCACUUCCCGUUCGAGUGCUCAUUCAUGGCUAAGUAGUGUGCUCACUAACCAUGUCACAUGCUUGGAUGGCCUAGAAGGGUCAGCUCGGACCCUUAUGGAGCCUGCGCUCGAUGACCUGAUAUCGAGAGCAAGAGCUUCACUGGCAAUUUUUGUUUCUUCUUCUCCAAGGAAGACGAAACUCGAUGAUCCGUUGAUCAAUGGAUUCCCAUCAUGGGUCAGCAGAAAGGACAGGAAGCUGUUACAGUCUUUGCCUAAUGAGAUAAAUCCCAAUGUUGUGGUGGCCAAAGAUGGGAGUGGCAAGUACAAGUCACUAGGGGAAGCUGUUGCAGCUGCCCCAGACAAAAGCAAGACCAGGUACAUAAUCUAUGUGAAAAAGGGUAUUUACAAAGAAAAUGUCGAGAUAGGGAAAAACAAGAAGAAUCUGAUGAUCGUCGGUGACGGAAUGAGUUUGACGAUUAUCACUGGCAGCCUAAAUGUUGUCGAUGGAUCCACCACCUUCAGAUCAGCCACUGUUGCGGCCGUUGGAGAUGGAUUUAUGGCCCAAGAUAUCAGGUUCCAAAACACAGCAGGGCCACAAAAGCAUCAAGCAGUAGCCCUUCGUGUCGGAGCCGAUCAAUCAGUCAUAAACCGGUGCCAAAUUGACGGUUACCAAGACACACUUUACCCACAUUCCAACCGCCAAUUCUACAGAGAUUCCACCAUUACUGGCACGGUCGACUUCAUAUUCGGUGAUGCAGCCGUGGUGCUCCAAAACUGUAAGCUCGUGGCAAGGAAGCCAAUGGACAAGCAAUCGAACAUGGUUACAGCACAAGGCAGAAUAGAUCCGAACCAGAACACCGGCACCUCGAUCCAAAGCUGUAACAUAAUAGCAAGUUCUGAUCUUCAACCAGUCAAAGGCUCCGUCAAGACAUAUUUGGGACGUCCAUGGAAGGAGUAUUCGAGAACUGUGAUUAUGCAAUCAUUCAUUGAUAAUCAUAUUGAUCCUUCAGGGUGGUCAGUUUGGAGUGGGGAUUUUGCACUGAAGACAUUGUACUAUGGCGAGUACAUGAAUAAGGGACCAGGAUCAGGAACUGAUAAACGAGUGAAAUGGCCUGGAUACCGCGUGAUUACCAGCGCAGCAGAGGCUAAAAAAUUCACAGUGGCCGAGCUUAUUCAAGGAGGAUCUUGGUUGAAACCUACUGGAGUCACAUUUACUGAUGGGCUGUAAACAUAAAUAGCUAGGGCUUGGGAUAUUUCAACUUGUUUCUGUUUUUGUCUGAAUAAGUGAAGUGAAAAGCUCCCUUUCAUCUCUGUCAGUGUAA